AGUGUAAUGGCGGAUGCAAAGUAAGCUGUCAAAGUAUGGUGCAUUCUACUUUUUCUUUUCAUGAACGAUUAAAUAUAGUUCAUCGAAGAUUAAGUAAGAAGGUAGCAAAUAUGCGUUAAAUAAGUGAAAUUAUGAAAUAAGUAACGCAAUUUAUGUAAUUUGUAUAUAUAACUAAAAGUGAGAAUUUCUUGUAUAUACCAAUUAAUAACUCUUAAAACAAUUUCUACUUUACCAUGAUGAAUAAUCGGCGGCGAACAAAUAACUUCACUUAUGUUAGUUCUUGUGUGAAGUACAUGAUAUUUAUGCUCAAUUUUGUUUUUUGGUUAUUUGGAGGACUUUUAAUUGGAGUAGGUUUAUAUGCAUUUGUGGAUAAAUGGCAAGCAACUGGUUCCGUUAGAGUAGAAAAUGUAUAUGAUGUGAUCCUUAAUAUUUCACUUGUGAUGGUUAUCGCUGGAGGAGUAGUCUUUGUUGUUAGUUUUGCAGGAUGUGUUGGAGCAUUACGCGAAAAUACUUGUCUUCUUAAAUUUUAUUCACUAUGUCUAUUGGUAUUCUUCUUGCUUGAAAUGGGCAUUGCAAUUGUUGGUUUUGUAUUCCCACAUACAUUGCAAUCAUUAUUGGAGGAGUCGUUUACAGAUAAAAUCAUACAAACAUAUAGGGAAGAUCCUGAUCUACAAAAUUUUAUUGAUUUUGGGCAACAAAAAUUUAGAUGUUGUGGUUUAAGUCAAGAAGGAUACUUGGAUUGGGGAAAGAAUGAAUAUUUUAAUUGCUCCAGUCCUAGUGUUGAACGUUGUGGUGCACCAUUUUCAUGUUGCAUUAAUGCUACAGACAUAUCAAGUGGUCUUGUGAAUAUAAUGUGUGGCUAUAAAGUGCAAAUGUUACCAGUAUCUGAAGCAGGCAAGAAAGUAUGGACUAGUGGUUGCAUUGAAAUUGUACGAAGUUGGGCAGAACGCAAUUUGUACACAAUAGCUGGUAUUGCUUUAGGUAUAGCUCUUAGUCAACUUUUUGUCAUUUAUCUUGCCAAGACAUUGGAAGGUCAAAUCGAAUUGCAAAAGUCUCGUUGGCAUUCCUGAGCUUGACUUCAGGCCACCUACCGCUAUCAGAUUCAUUCUCCUCCCAGCAGGCAGGUGGCCAGUGGCCGAAUAAGAGGCCAAGACAAUGAAACAAAUGUAAAUGUCCGGAUGACUCUACUUGUUCUUUUUGCAAUCUCUCUAUACAUACUUUGUAUUCUUUCUUUGAUCAGAUUUGUACUUUACUUAAAAAACUAUAUUCGUGUAUAUUUAAUCGACGACUAGCUUUUAUUUUCUUUUAUAUAUUAUUCUAUUUUUAUAACUAUUUUCUUUUAUCUCCAUUACUAACUUAUCUUAUAUCUUUAUCGAAUCUAUAUCGAUAAAUUGUUAAGUGAUAAUUAUAUAUUUUCUUUCUCGAAAUUUUAUAUAACUUGCAUAAUCAUAGGCUGGUUACUUUUGAAGUACAGUAAUUCAACCUAAAGUAGGAUAUCUGAAAGUGAAUAUUAUUCAGUCUACACAUUUAGUUACAUAUAAAAUUUGUUGCAAAACUUAUUCACAUAUGAAGAAUUUUUAAUUGACAUAAGAUUAAUUAAAUUAAUACUAUUAAUCACGUAUAAGACGGAGUUGAUUGUAUAAAAAUAUUAAUUCUUUCGUUAUACAUAAUUUAUUAUAUAUAUAUGUAUCUACAAUACAAAAUUUCAUAUGUUGGUAAUUUUUGCAUCAAAACUUUAAACCAUUAUUCGUACAUUAUAUGUAAUAAUAUUAUAAGUAUUAAAAAUAUCAAGCCUUUAAAUAUCCUACGAAAGACUUACAUUAAAUAGUUUAAGAAGUAGAUUCAAUUCAUAAGAGAUUCAUGAUUUUUAUAUUAAUAUUUUUUUUAUAUAUUUACAUAAUUAUUUGUGAAAAAUUUCACCGUGUGUGUCACUACAUGAAACUUUUAUAAUUUCAUAACGUAUCAAUUACUCAAUUCGCCAAAAUGUAAUAAAAUAAUGAUACGGUUAAAACACGCACAUGGUUAAAAAUGUUAUUCAAUAUUUUUCUUGCUAUCUAUAUUUAUCUUUUUUAACAUUUAUAUAAGCAUAUUACAAGAUAUUAGUAAGUAUAUAGUUGUUUCUAAAUCGAUAUUGUUGAUUCUUUUAUUAUGCUAUAUUAGUGUAAUUGAAGUAAGUCAAAAAAGGAAAGAACGUCCAGUGCCAAAGUCAAAGUAUCAUCAUUGUUUUAUUUGAAACAAACUUGACAAUAAUCUGGUGUAAAUGAUUUGUUUAUUAAGUACAUACAUAGUACAUCUGUGUGUCUUUUUAUCAAGAGUAAAUGUAAAACUGAUAUAUAUAAAACCAUCUAGUUUGUAAUAAACAAAUAUUAUUCUAAAA